GGGUUGUGGGUGGGGUGGGAGGGGAGCAGCGAGGCCAUGUUGAGCUGAUGGAGCCAGUUGGUCCGGUGCUGCCGCUUUUCUCUCUGGAAAACCAGGGUUUUCCUGUUUUUUUUUCCCAGGGAACGGAGGCCGAAGUCCUACAGCGCCGGAGCAUGGGGAACGGCCAGUUCAUACAGCUCCCUGUCCCCAAAGGACCGCAUUCCGUGGGCUGCACCGACAUCAUGGCCGGUCACACCAAGGAGGGAAGUUUUUUCCGGUUGUACUAUCCCUGUGACCCUGAAGAGGGGGAGAAGCCGCCGUGGAUUCCCAGAUACGAAUACUACCAGGGCUUGGCCGAGUACCUGAAGCGCAGCAGGCGGUGGUUUGCCUCCCUCCUGAACAUGGCUUUUGGUGACUGCAAGGUGCCGGCGACAUGGAACGCUCGCUUCAAAGCAAAUGAGACAUAUCCAGUGAUUGUGUUUUCUCACGGAUUGGGAGCUUUCAGGGGCGUUUACUCUGCCAUCUGCAUCGCGGUGGCUUCUUAUGGCUUCCUCGUUGCGGCCAUCGAACACCGGGAUGAGUCUGCAUCGACCACUUAUUAUUUUGAGUCGCUCCCGAAACCCACGGAGCAUGAUCCGACCUCCAAGCCCCAAAAGACCUCCUCUACGUCCUCCUCUCCUCCUCCAUCCCCCUCUCCCUCCUCCCCAGGGUCCUCACUCCAGGAGAAGUGGCUUCCCUACAGGAAGGUUGAGGGUGAGGAGUUUGAAAUGCGGAAUAGACAGGUUGGCCAGAGAGUGGAUGAAUGUGUUCAUGCACUGCAGGUUCUUGAGGAUCUGAACAAUGGGCAUAAUGUGGACAAUGUCCUGGAGGGAGGCUUUGAUCUGUCCAUGCUGAAGGGCUGGAUGGAUCUGCACAGAGCUACCAUCGUGGGCCACUCCUUCGGGGGAGCCACAGCCAUCCAGGCCCUGGCCAAAGACACUAGGUUCAGGUGUGCUGUGGUCCUGGACGGAUGGAUGUUACCCCUGACGGAUGAGACGUGUUCCCAGGUGCAGAAACCCAUUUUUCUUAUAAACUCUGAGAAAUUCCAGACACAGGACAGCAAGGAGCGGAUAGAGCGACUGUGCUCCCAAAACAGCCAAAGUAGAGUGAUCACCAUCAAGGGAUCAGUGCACCAGAGCCAUACGGAUUUCACCUUUUUGACCUUGAAGCCUCUAAACGUUGUGUUCGAAAUAAAGGGGACAAUAGACUCCAUGCUCGGGCUGGACAUCACUAACCAUGCCAUGUUGGCAUUCCUCCAGCGUCAGCUUGAUCUGCAGAAGGAUUUUAACAAAUGGGACGAUCUUGUGGAGGGUCUUGGGGAGCACUUGGUGCCGAGACCGGCCCCGAGUCAGGCCGGCCCGUAGCUGUUAGGCACAGCUUUGGGCUGAGCAGGAGGUUUGGUGAGAUUGUGAUUCAGGAGGUAUCUAAACAUGGUGCAAUGUCAAAGAGUCCUGGUGGGGGUUGGGGGGUUUGAGGAGAGAGAGGGAGAUCCUUCUUCAGUUCCAUUUCCAGUUACACCCUCCGAUUCCCAAAUGUAUCAGGUCUGUUCCCAUACAAGUCUCCUUCCUCCACCAAUCCUGAAUCCCAAACUCCAGGAAUCCUGCUCGUUACCCAGACCGUGAAACUGAAGUUUGGAUAUUUCCAAACUGAUUGCACUCCCCCCACCCUCUCGGGCUUCAUGUCCUGAGCUGUUAUUCUAACUUGAGCCAAUGACUCUGUUCUUUUAAAAACACCAGCAAAUUGCAUUUAUAUAGCAGCUUUCACGUCUGGAGGACGUCCCAAGGCUUUCAAGUUUCUCUUCAGAUAUUUCUUCAAUUCCCUUUUAAAUGUGACUUUUCUCUCAGGUUCAUCAACCACUUGGGAUAAUGUGUUUCAUGUUCUAAUAUGCCCUCUAUGUGUAAAAGUUUCUAAUCUCCACCUUAACUCUUCCAGUCACAAUCCUGAAUUCAUAACUUGUUACAGAUUCUCCAUCCAGUGGGAAUAAUCUUCCAUUAUCAAUACUGUCAAAACCUUUUAGAAUGAUCAAGACCUCUAUACCUUCCCCUCUUACCCUCUGUGUUCCAGGUAAAACAGCCUCAAUAUUUCAGGGCUAUCUUCCCAACUAUAAUGCCUCGUCCCAAGUGUCAUUCAUAUGGGUGUACGCUGUACUCUCUGCAUUGGCUCUGAUGUCAUGUGUAAAAUGGGGACCCAGAUCUGCACACAGUGACCACAGAGGCUUGACCACCAGUAUAAAUACAACAACAACUUGCAUUUAUAUAGAGCUCUUCACGCGGAGUAGGAUCCUGGAGCACUUCAAUGCAGGCACUGUGUGCAGAUUGGAGUGUCUCAUUAACACAAGUGACUGUGUAAUAUUAAAUGAGACAUCUUUCCUAA